CGCGUUCAACACUUGUGAAUGACAACACAACACAGUGUGUACCAUGGCCGACAGUAUGUCAAAUCCCCGAUGUGUAUUGCUGUUUAGCGGAAAACGGAAGUCUGGUAAAGAUUACAUAGUCGAAAAUCUACUACAAAGGCUGAAGCCUAAUGAUGCUGUGGUACUGCGGUUGUCAGCACCAAUCAAAAAAUAUUGGGCUGAAAGUAAGGGUCUCGAUUUUGAUCAGCUGCUUGGUACAGGUGCAUACAAAGAAAAUUAUCGGCUAGAAAUGAUACGUUGGGGAGAGUCAGUCAGGGCCAGAGACCCAGGCUACUUCUGUCAGCGUGCAAUAGAAAUGUCCAACGGCACCCAAUUCAGUGUGUGGAUUGUGAGUGAUACCAGGAGACUGUCUGAUUUGAAAUGGUUCUUGGAUAACUGUGGUGGGCCCUCUGUGGUUCACACUGUAAGAGUUGUUGCUGAUGAUGCAGUCCGGAAACAGCGUGGGUGGAUGUAUACGCCAGGUAUUGAUGAUGCUGAAUCUGAGUGUGGCCUUGAUUCCGUUACUGAUUGGAACUGGAUAAUUUCCAAUAAUGGUAAAGGCACAGAAGAAAUAGAAGCUAUUUUACAGAACAUCGUGCAGUGGGUGAACUCUGCAACUUCAGUGGCUCGAUGACAACCUUCUGGCACAAAUUAUAGAAUAAGUGUUCAGCCAUUCAUCUUGUCUUUUGCCUAAAACCUCCUUCAGUCCAGUGUAUCAGAUGAAUCAUUAGAGCAUGUCGGGCAUAAAAUGAUGUAGUGUGACCAUUGUUAAAGAUACUGGUUGUAAAUUCAUUUGAUGCAUCAGCGGUAGCAUUGUGCAGGUAUAAGAUUGCGGUACAUUUGAAAUUUUAGGUUUUUUAUGCAGACAUUCCAUAAAUUCGUGGUAGUAUUUAUGCAAGGCACUGGAAAAACAUUUUUUGUAAUAAAGUGUAUAGUGUUAAAAUGUACUGUUUGAAC